AUGAUUGACGUAUUGAUUCUUAGGAUCCCGAGUUUCGUUUUACUGCUUAUGCUAGUGAUACAAAAGGUAGUGUGUCUUCUCGCAUUUCGUGCAGUGUGCAGCAUGGCUUGGAUAUCGCACGGCGUCAACAACACGGACAUGGUCCAGGCACUGAAACGAAACGGUAUCAUUACGUCGGAUCGAGUCGAAAACGCUAUGCUGGCCGUCGAUCGAGGAAACUAUUCGCUGAGGAACCCGUACUACGAUUCGCCACAGGGUAUCGGUUAUGGUGCGACCAUAAGCGCUCCUCAUAUGGUAAUAGUCUUUGCAACUUUGCAUUACACCCCACCUGGUUCCGUUGGCAAUGUUCUGACAGUUGAACUCAAAAAUGACUGUACUCAUAAAAUGGAGCCGUUUGCUCAUUGUUGACA